UUCGGUCCUCAAAAAUAUUCCUUGAAUGCUCUUGAACUUUUAGAGUACAUUGGCCAGUUCCAACGCUGUCAUCAUACGCGAUAGGAAUCUCGACGACCGUAAUUAUAAGUAUUCCGUGAAAGACUUCAUCCCUGUUAUAUACACAAAAUGUAGCCUGAAAAAAUGCAGGCAUGAAAGAGAUUCAAACCCAUCACCUCGGUGAUACCGGUGUAGUGCUCUACUAACUGAGCUAUCAAGCCAACUGGGAGCUGGACAGUUUGCGACUCCGUCACAUAUCCCUUGAUACGAAAACAAGGGAAUUUAUGACAUAUCCUUUCCUGCAAUGAAUGAUAUUGCAGCCUGUAUUCCUGUAUUCCCGUGCUUGUCUUUAGAAAGACAAAACCAGUGGUUUAAAUAUAAUUUGCUUGACAGUAUAAAGGUUAACCUGUUAAUAGGUGUCAUUUUAUUCUUGUUCACAGAAAUUGCCAAUUGCGAAUCAGACAUCGCCUUUUUUGCCGAGCGUUGUGACGCAGCUACAAGACAGUGGCUUUUAAAAGAUUUUGACGAAUGGUUCAGUGAUCCUGGCGACUCCAGAGCGUAUGUUGUCUUAGGCGAUCCAGGCGUUGGCAAGAGUGUGAUGGCGGGAGUCCUGGCACAGCGCUCGAGGAAAGCUGGAAACUUAGGAGCUGCCUACUUUUGCCGUCACAAUGACAGUACAAGGAAUGAUCCCAGGUAUCUUCUUGGGACUAUUGCUAAUCAACUCUGUGAAUGCAGUAGUGAGUACAAUAGCAUUAUGGGAGGGGAGGGUGGUAUAAGAAAGUUCUUAGGCAAUUCUAAUCUAGGUGUUCAGGAAUUGUUUACUAAAUUAUUACAAGAGCCUCUUGGUAAGUGCAACUCUACUUUUUGUCACCAGAAAAAGUUAGUGGUUGUUGACGCUCUGGAUGAGACGCAGUACGAGUCCAGGAAAGAUUUUCUUGAUCUUAUAAUGAACCGCUUUCCUCUACUUCCAAACUGGCUUGUGUUCUUCAUUACCAGUCGCCCUGAAAACACGGUGCAGCUUAGAUUGAAAAAGUACAAUCCUUGUGUAAGAAUUUGUGCCGGAAAUGUCGAACACGACAAUUUUUAUCAGCAGCACGAGCAGGACAUCAAAUUGUUUCUAAGAAAGAAUGUAAAUUUCUCCCGCCUCCCCUUCUCGGUGGAUGACUUGGCGAAGAGGUGCAAUGGAUCGUUUUUGUAUGCGUUCUACAUUGCCAAAGACUUGAACGCUCCAGUGCAAUCAGGUAAGUCAUUUCAGCUGGUUGAUCUUUUCCCUGGAGACUUUGACAGCUUCCUUCGAAAAAAUUUCAAGCGUGUUUUUGACAAAGUGGGAUCUAGCUUGUUCAAGAAGUUGUUUGGUUGUGCCAUUGCCGCUCCUGCCCCGCUUCCCGUCUCGUUUAUUUCGUACGUCCUCCAGAGAGAAAAAUCGAGUAUUCCCAAGCAGCAUGUGUUAGAUGCCUUUUCCCUGUUUAUGGUGUUCUCGAAGACGUUCGCCUUCCUGCACAAUCUGAUUCCUACGUGGUUGACUGACGAGAACAAGGCUCAGGAACUGUUCAUUGACAGGAACAUUGAAGCCAAUUAUCUCAAAGAUGUUAUCCAUGAAAUUCUCUUUGGUUUUAUCCGUGAGCAAUCUCAGGAAGUUACCCUCAUGAAACCUGACUUGUUUGACUACGUUUUACGCCUCGGCAUUCGCUUUUUGAGAGGAUUUCCAGGGAAGGAUUCAUUGGAAACAGUUUUCAGUUGUUUAACAAGUUUCAAAUAUAUUGAAAACAGAAUACAGAGCAGAAGAACUGAGAUAUAUUCCCUUAUUGAAGAUUAUAAGCUUGCGGCAGACUGUCAGUUUCACGGUGAGGGCAGGAAAGAAAUUCUCUGUGGGGUGAGCUCAGCUCUUGAAGGAAAUAUUUAUGUUCUCUUGGAAUGUCCUUACCUUCUGCAUUCUUGUCUACAGAAUGCAUCUAAUGUUGUCCAAGACAACGUUGUUAUCCCAAAUGGUGACUCAGCCCCUUGGCUACUAUUGAAUACGAUGCCUCAGUUGCCUUGUAAGAGUCUUGAAUACAGCAGCAACUUUGCACUGUCUCCUGAUAGGAAGCUGUUUGCUGAAAGACACUGGAAACAUAUCUCUUUGUUUGAUUCGUAUUCGCUUAAAUGUGUAGGUGUGUUUUCCUCUAUCGAUUUAAUGUCUGCGAGCAAGUGCUUGAGAUUCUCUCCAGAUGGCAAGUUUUUGUUUUUUGGGCGGCUUGAUAGAUGGUUUUCUUUGGAGAACGAAAAUGUGGAGAAAUUUCCUCAGUUUUCAAGGAUUGAUUCAAGCUACGAAUGGGGCUCAUUUACUCUUGAUAAGCAGUGCAUUGUUGUAAAACGUUGCAAUUUUUCAUUUAAAUCAAAUUAUGGCUGUUGUUGGUUGUGCUUGUUGAAUUACCUUUGUCUGUGGGCUGCCGAGGAAAUUGGUCAGGGUCAUGAGACUGACGGGAGUGAAGCAAUUUGUGGUUGUUUUCCUCACAGACUGCUUGUGGAAACUCGGCGUUCUGCAGGGGAAGAUCAAGAUUCUGCUGUUCCAGCGAUGAGAAUCUUGUUAAAUAUUCUAAGACGAACACACCACGAUGCGUGGUGCUCUCUGUUGGAAAAGUUGCAACUCAAUUACCCUUUUAAGGCCGUAUGCAGCUAUUGUCCAUCACGGAUGAGGGGGGAGACGCCAACUUUGACAGUUGUGCGUGAUUUCGUUAUCUCUCACUACAAUGAGAUAUUCAAAUAUCAAGUUUGGGAUAUGCAAACUGGUAAAUCUGCCCUUGAACAGGCCUUUUCUUCAGGCGUUCAGUUGAGCCCGUUCACCUACGUUUGUCAUUUGGGAACUGCGCUCGAGAAAUGUCGGGUAUUGUUUUCUGGUAUAGACAAGUCGCUGUCACUUUGCAAUAUUGCCUUGUUAAACACCGUUUGCCAUCAUCUGUUUUUCUUUGAACGUUUGCGGCGGACUUUCAUUUGGAAAGAGUUAGGAGUGUUUGAAGAGUUUAGUAAACUAAAUAGCUUGACUGGAUUAAAUUCAGUGGUUAAACAAUUUGACGAAACUGAAGUAGAAAGCAAAGUAAAGCAGUGUAAACUGCUUGUGGAGCUUGAACGGGUUAUCCAGAUGAAACAUCUUUAUGUACGACUUGAACGGUUUGAAGUACUUGAAAAGAGUGAUUAUCAGCCUGAAAACCUUGUUGUACGUCUUGAAAUGCUUGCACGAAGAGAGGAGUUUGAUCGAAGAGGGGAGGUUGAACGAAGAGAAGAGGUUGAACGAAGAGAAGAGGUUGAACGAAGAGAAGAGGUUGAACGAAGAGAAGAACUUGAACGAAGAAAAGAGCUUGAACGAAGAGAAGUAGAGUUUGAAAUAAGAGAAGAGCUUGAACGAAGAGAAGAGUUUGAAAGAAGAGAACAGCUUAAACGAAGAGAAGAGUAUGAACGAAGAAGAAAGUUUGAACGAAGAGAAGAGUUUGAACGAAGAGACAAUUUUGAACGAAGAAAAGAGUUUGAACGAAGAGAAGAGUUUGAUCGAAAAGAAGAGUUUAGACGAAGAGAAGAGCUUGAACGAAGAAAAGAGUUUGAACGAAGAGAAGAGCGGGUACAGCUUGAACUGCUUGAACGGCUUGAACGAUUUACACAGCUUGAAAGGCGUCACCUUCAACAAUCUUGGGCUAAACGAUUUGCACAGUUUAAAGAAUUGGUACACUUAUUUUGGUACCGUUUGGAAUCAAAUGAGAAGUUCAAGUUUCUGGAAGCAUUUCAUUUUGGUACUAAGACCUUCACCAACGCACCACUGGAACUGCAGAAUCUCCCUGAUGUAAAAGAGAAAGGCCUGUUUACUAGCAUUUUACCUUGUGUAUCACCAGAUGGGAAGUGGAUCGCUAUCCGACUCGAGGGCGAUGAGACAACAGUUCAGUUGUACCGAGGGCAACACCAACGUCAACAUUAUCCUUACUGGAGAAAUCCGGUGCAUGUUAUCAAGGGGGUCGAACAUUUUGCUUUCGCAAACGACAGUGCAUUUUUUUUGUAUUUGACUGUUCAAAGGUCAUUGCACACUCUGUCUCUUGCGAGUGGUACCAUUCUAACUAGUGUGUCUGGCGUAGGACCCUUGUGCUCCGCUCCUGAAAAGCAAUCUAGAUAUUGCUUUCAAGACGAUGACGAGGAGACUAUUAUCUUUGUGAAGGAUUUCCCCCCCGCUUUACUUUCUAGUUUCCUUCCAGUUGUGAGGGCUGAACCAAUACAAGUAGCCUUCACUCAGUUCACUUCAGCAGACGCCAUACUGGUCCUUUAUUCAGACUCCACGCUUGCGUCAAUGAAGAAUGACGGAACAUCCAUUGCUUGGGAGACAUCCUUGACACAUCCUUUUGGUGGGUCGCAACAAGUGAAGAAGGGUCAAUUUUCCCCGGACGGAAAAGUAAUUGCCACUCACCAAGGUACUAAUAUAUUACUGUAUCGUACUGUGCCUGGAUCUAAUGAGGCGUCUACGGAACAUGGUAAGUGUCCUGACUCCGUUUUUGAAACAAAUGGCGAUUUCAUUGUUCUGCAUUUUACAUUCUCAGCGGACAGCACCUUACUUUUUUUUUGUAUACGGGGAAUCGCUGACCUGUCUUCCUUUGUAUGGAAUGUUCAGAAGAAAGUGCUAUCAGCAUCAUUUGACUCACCAGGACUGACAUCUGAAGAUUGUUGCUGUUGUUUUGCGUCAAACAAUACGGAAUUAAUAAUAUGCUCUGAAGUUGGCAUCGACUUUUGGGAUCAUACAUCACAUCCAUGUCGCUUAUUGAGAAGAGUUGAAACUAGCUUGCCUCACGCCAAGGUCUUCAAACUCACUGCUUGUUCAGUUUCACCAGAAAAUGGCCUGUUGGCUUACUGCAUUACAGACAGAAUUUUCCUCUGCCCGCUCAAAACAUCAACAGAUCAAUCUACUCUGCAACUACCACGUGCGCAUUUAGGCAGAGUCGAAUUUUGUCAGUUUCUGAAAGGAAACCGGUAUCUAAUUUCAUAUGGUGUCGAUGGUACUGUGUUCUUGUGGGACUUAAGUGAGUGGAAAGCCGUUGCCUUCGCAAAAAUUGUACAAGGACGGGAAAGCGUCAUCAGCAUGGCUUUGUCUGGUGAAAAGGACAAGCUUGUUUGUUUGACUUCUUUCAGUCGACUGAUGGUAAUAAAACUGUGUGGAUUGAAGGGGGAGGUUUUGUCAAAAUUGCCGUUGUCGAAGGGGAUGGGCAGUGAAAAGAUGACCGAGGCAUGUGGUGGACAAGUGGGAAAACCAACGGCAGCAAUUCAGAAUCUCACUUGUUCUGAUAGCACCGAGGAUUUGGAUGUUGCAGAAUUGAUAGAAGAGAUGGAUUUCAUGUUGCGUUCUGACGACAGUGAAGACAGUGACGAGCUGGACGAAUUACUGGACUGAGCAUCGAGCAUCCGUUUUAUCUUGUCCCGAAACAUGCCAGGAAGUCAUGUUUACAUUGUGGUACAGAGUGCUUUUAAUGACCUUCUAGAACUGUUAAACGGUGGUUUUCCUUACAACCAGUGGAUGGUUUUUCACCUGGAGUGGCUCUUUGUACAUGGUGGUGAAAAAGAUUGACGUUUUUGGCACGUGAAAUUGAAGAAUUGAAACACAUCACCUGUUGCUUUUCCUGUGGUCAUAUCAAGUUGCAACUAGAGAAAAAUCACGUUACGGUCUGUAUCUUCUUGGCGGUUUAAAUACCAACCAAACCAAUCUAUUUCUAGUUUCACAAUGGCAAAUCUAAAGCGAAAGUACAUUCAUUUGGUAAUUUUCGAUAGCGGUACACACUGUCCUCAGCUAGGCCCGUUUAUGUAGGAAUGCCUUUUCCAAAAUUAUCUAAUCAAUAGUGUUAACGGGUAAAAGGGCUCAGACGAUCUAUAAGAAUAUUUCGAUAGGCUGGUCCACUUUGGCCUCGGUCGCACGCCCAACAAAGAAUCCUGGUUACUGGCCUGCAAAGAAGGAAGGAGCUUUUGAUUAUCCCACUCUUACACUAAAUAGCGCGUUACAUCAUUUAGAAAUUCACUUCGCUUUUAUUUUAGUACCUUUCUGGUUGUCACGAUAUGUUGUUACAUCGUUGGUAGCGAAAAAAGGAUCUCUCAUUUAUACCACAAUAUUUAGGACGUUAUCACAAAGAUUAGAUGCAGUUUAAAAACAUUCAGAGAAAGAAACUAACCCGAAAAGGGGUUAGUCUCGCGCUCAUAUUUAAACUUUUUGACGCUGAAGAUAUUUUGGGCAUGGUGAGUGUUUUAGCUUUCUUUCUUUCUCGCAUUAAAUUUUUAAGUAAAGUAGUUCAGUGCGAAUUCUGAGUUGUACACAUUUUGCUCGGUAUUAUUUUAGAAGCGACCUUAAAAAAAAAAAAAAGAAAAAGAAAAAGCCGAUAGGUAGCUCACUGGUCACGUGCAUUAUAAGAUCGGGCGUCCCUGGACUCGAAUUCUGUUUCUUUACCCUUUCAGCGUCAAACUCAAAAGAGGAAUUCACUUUUCCAAUUAUCAUACAUUUCUUGUAUUGAUACUUCUGAGAGUAUUGUGGCUCAUUAAGUUGAUAGCUCCAACUGGAUUAUGUUGCCUCAUCCAUCGAUCUACUUUAAAAA